UUCUUAUAUCUUGAGAUAAUAUUUGCUAACAACCUGAUUUUCAGAGUUUAGUUUAAAUUAUUGCUUCUAGGACUAGACCACAGUCAGCAAAAUAAUAUUGUUUCAAACAUGGCAGUUAUUCUAUCUUGGCAGAAUUUGAAGAUAUUUGAUGUUCUAAAUGAUUCCAAGAUUAUAAUUUUCUAGGAUAAAGCCAAAAGCUUACUUUCUAAGCCUAUUAUGAAAAUAGUAAGAAAAUAAAAUGUUUUCUCACAUACUAUAUAUUAGAAUAUUUUCAGAGAAAGUCAUGGUGCUUAUUCUUAGGGAUCCAGCAAAUCAGGGUAGUAGGGAAGCUCUAUAGAAAUUUUCCUUAAUGAUUAACAGUGUAGGUGUAGGUAGACCAGGAGAAAGAAAAAGGCAGUUCUUUUCAUGUUGCCUUUGCCCUGUGGUGAUAGUGUUGGAGUUAUAUGCAUGGGAAGCCACCAGUAACAGUACUGUAAAUCAUAUAACCUCAGUAAAAAAUUAAUUUUAAAAGGUAAUUCUUUUUAAAUUUUUUUUGUUUUGUUUUUGGGGUUUUAGGUUACACCCGGCAGCACUCAGGGGUUAUUGCUGGCUCUAUACUCAGAAAUUGCUCCUGACAGGCUCAGGGGACCAUAUGGGAUGCCGAGAUUUGAACCACCAUCCUUCUGCCUGCAAGGCAAACGCCCUACCUCCAGGCUAUCUCUCCGGCCCAUAAGAGGCUUACUCAAUUCCAGGUAUGGUCGAGGAUGGGUUGAUCAUAGAAGAUUAGCUGUAAAUAGCUUUCGUUAUUUUGGAUAUGGUCAAAAGUCUUUUGAGUCUAAAAUCUUAGAAGAAACCAACUUUUUCAUUGAUGCUAUUGAAACAUACAAAGAUAGACCAUUUGACUUUAAACAAUUAAUAACAAAUGCUGUUUCAAAUAUAACCAAUCUUAUCCUUUUUGGAGACCGAUUCAGUUACGAAGAUACUGAUUUCCAACACAUGAUUGAAUUAUUUAGUGAAAAUGUGGAACUUGCUGCCAGUGCCUCUGUGUUUCUUUAUAAUGCCUUUCCAUGGAUUAGCAUCUUACCUUUUGGAAAACACCAGCAACUGUUCAGAAAUGCAGCUGUUGUCUAUGAUUUUCUUUCUGGACUUACUGAAAAAGCUUGUAUCAACCGAAAACCUCAGUUACCUCAGCAUUUCAUUGAUGCUUAUUUAGAUGAGAUGGAUCAAAGUAGAGAUGACCCAUCAUCUACUUUCUCCAAAGAAAACCUGAUUUUCUCUGUGGGUGAACUCAUCAUUGCUGGAACUGAAACUACAACAAAUGUACUACGGUGGGCAAUUCUUUUCAUGGCCCUUUAUCCUAAUAUUCAAGGACAAGUUCAGAAAGAGAUUGAUUUAAUUAUGGGUCGAACUGGAAAGCCUUCUUGGGACGACAAAUGUAAAAUGCCUUAUACUGAGGCAGUUUUACAUGAAGUUUUAAGAUUCUGUAAUAUAGUGCCAUUAGGGAUUUUCCAUGCAACCUCUGAAGAUGUAAUUGUGCGUGGUUAUUCCAUUCCUAAAGGCACAACAGUAAUUACAAAUCUUUAUUCUGUACACUUUGAUGAAAAGUACUGGAGAGACCCAGAAAUAUUCUAUCCUGAACGAUUUCUAGACAGCAAUGGAUAUUUUGUGAAAAAGGAAGCUUUGGUACCUUUUUCCUUAGGGAGAAGACAUUGUCUUGGUGAACAGCUGGCUCGGAUGGAAAUGUUUCUAUUUUUUACAGCGUUGCUUCAGCGAUUUCACUUGCAUUUUCCACAUGAACAGGUCCCAAAUCUGAAGCCCAGGUUAGGCAUGACUUUGCAACCUCAGCCUUACCUUGUCUAUGCUAAAAGACGCUGAAAUUGCACGUUUUAUGAACCCAGAGUAUAUAUGCCAUACUCAGGAACCUUGUUUAAUCGGUGUAUGUGUUGAGACAAAACUCACAUUUAUAAAGCCAAAUGAAUACAGAUGUGUCUUUAAAAACAGUACUGAAGCAAUAAUAAUCAUUACCUGGACACUUUUCCCCCAAGCUCCUAUGACUUCUCUAUGACUUCUAAAAUAGAAUUAUGUCCUGAAGAAAACAAAGAUACAAAUGGCAACUGUGCUUAAGGUAUUAAGAAGAAUCCAUGAAUGCCCUAAGCAAAGUCUGACUUUUUGGCUUUUUUUUUUAAAUCCUUUACCCUUUAUUCUUUUUGUUGUUUGUUUAUUUGUUUUGUUUUUUGUCACACCCAGCAGCACUCAGGGGUUAUUCCUAGCUCUGUGCUCAGAAAUUACUCCUGGCAGGCUUGGAGAACCGUAUAGAAUGCCAGAAAGCAAAUUCAGGUUGAGCACGUACAAGGCAAAUGCCCUAUUGACUGUGUUGUUGCUCCAGCCCCUCCUCUAGCCUUUUGAUCUCGCUCCUGUCCUGGGUGUUUAAUCCUAGAUAUCAAUGUCCAACAUCCACUGAUUGGGUAUUAUCUCUAAUUAUGUAGUGCUCAUCCACCUCCAUAGAAAACUAAAAUAAUAAGACCCAAGUUAAUUAUUUGGGACAACUACUGUAGAUAUUAUUAAUCCCA